UUGAGUGACGAAAUUAAUUACCAAGGAAAUGGAGAAGGUUUGGGGUGGAUGUAGGUAUGUAGUAGUAGUGGUUUUAGGCUUGGCGAUUUUGGCGUGGAAGCACUGCGAGGCUCAGGAUGAAACGUCGUCAUGUCUAAACCAACUAGUUCCUUGCCUAACUUAUCUCAACGGGACAAAUAUUGACCCACCAAGUAGUUGCUGUGACCCGCUGAAGUCGGUAAUCGAAUCGAACCCUGAAUGUCUCUGUGGUCUGGCAAGUGCUAAGGGCAGCACCAUGGCUCAGCAGGCUGGGAUCAAUAUCACAGAAGCCCAGCAAUUACCGGCCAAAUGCGGGCAGAGUGUUAAUCCCAUCUCUUGUCUUACAGAUGCCAAUAAGAAUACAGUGCCGAGUUCUGCAAGUGGUAGUGGGUUCUCGUUUGUGAGCAUCAUACUAGCUGCUACUCUUGGGAUGACGGUUCAAUGUGCAACUUAUAUUUUUGUUUGAGUUUGAGGAUCGUCCGACGACCUGUUAGCACUUACAGAGUACUUGUAUUUUUGUUGUCUUUAUUAAUUCUUAUUAUCAUUCUUUCAUGCUCUAUUAAUUUUCAACCGCUGUUCAUAAACAGGAAACUG